UAGGCGCCGGUCUGGGGCAGGCUACUUAAGCGGGGUCUGCGCGCUCAUCGUUGUAGGUGAUUCCAUUUCUUCGCCACUAGGUGGAGUGGGGCUGGACGUGAGCUGAGGCGCACGCGAAUCCUCACAGAGCCAUGUCUACGCGGGAAGCAGGUGCCAACGCCUCCACUUGGGUAGCGGCUUCGCGAGGAAGCUCGACAGUGUGCCUGGCCUCAGACAGGAGGCCGACAGAAAGCCCGAAUGGAAGAGGUCGGAGAGGGCGUCGGGGCGGCAGAGGGGGUGGCUGGAGGGAGCCCGCUGGCCUCCCGGAGGCUGUGGCCGGUGGUCACCGGGAACCGCCGCUCUGCUUCGCUGUGAAGAGCGACCUGGUGGGCGCAGUGGUCGGCCGUGGUGGAUCAAAAAUAAAAGAAAUCCAAAGUACAACAAAUACAAAAAUACAGAUAAUAAAAGGAAAUUCUGAGGCAGAAGUCAAAAUUUUUGGCAACAAGGCAAUGCAGACAAAAGCAAAAACAAUGAUAGAUAACUUUGUUAAAGAACAAGAAAAUUACAGUCCUGAAUACAGAGUUGAUAUUGUUGCAUUCCAGCCUUCUGUUGGAAGAGAUGUAAGUUCAAAUCAUAAUGUUACAGAAUAUCAGCCAUUGAUAAAUUGGGAUAAAAUCCGAGAGGAUGCUUCAAAAUGGGAAAAAAAAAAGUGGGCAGAUUUACCUCCAAUUAAGAAAAACUUUUAUGUAGAGUCAGCAACAACAAAGGCAAUGUCACAAGUGCAAGUAGACAACUGGAGGAAGGAAAAUUUUAAUAUAACAUGUGAUGACUUAAAAGACAAUGAGAAACGUCCUAUCCCCAAUCCAACCUGUAAAUUUGAAGAUGCCUUUCAGUGUUACCCUGAAGUUAUGGAAAACAUUAAAAUGGCAGGUUUUCAAAAGCCAACACCAAUUCAGUCACAAGCAUGGCCAAUAGUUCUGCAAGGAAUAGAUCUUAUUGGAGUAGCACAAACUGGAACAGGGAAGACACUGUCGUAUUUAAUGCCUGGAUUUAUUCAUCUGAACUCUCAACCAAUAGCUAGAGAAAAAAGGAAUGGACCAGGCAUGUUAGUCCUUACACCUACUCGGGAAUUGGCACUUCAAGUGGAAGCCGAAUGUUCUAAAUACUCAUAUAAAAAUCUUAGAAGUGUCUGUAUAUAUGGCGGUGGAGAUAGAAGUGGACAAAUACAAGAUGUUUCAAAAGGUGUAGACAUCAUCAUUGCGACUCCUGGAAGACUGAAUGACCUGCAAAUGAAUAACUUUGUCUGCCUGAAAAGUAUAACCUACUUGGUUUUAGAUGAAGCUGACAAGAUGUUGGACAUGGGAUUUGAACCUCAGAUAAUGAAGAUUUUGUUAGAUGUGCGCCCAGAUAGACAGACUAUUAUGACAAGUGCUACUUGGCCAUGUGCUGUCCGUCGACUUGCACAAUCUUACUUGAAAGACCCAAUGAUUGUGUAUGUUGGUACUUUGGAUCUAGUUGCUGUAAGUACAGUGAAGCAAGAUAUCAUCAUCACCACAGAGGAAGAGAAACGAACUCAUAUCCAAACUUUCCUAGAGAAUAUGUCACCUAAAGACAAAGUCAUUGUCUUUGUGAGCAGAAAAGCAGUUGCUGAUCAUUUAUCAAGUGACCUGAUUCUUCGACAAAUAUCAGUAGAGUCUUUGCAUGGCAAUAGAGAACAGAGCGAUCGAGAAAAGGCAUUAGAGAACUUUAAAAAAGGUAAAGUGAGAAUACUCAUUGCUACCGACUUGGCGUCUCGAGGUCUUGAUGUCCACGAUAUUACACAUGUCUAUAAUUAUGAUUUUCCACGGAACAUUGAAGAAUAUGUACACAGAGUAGGGCGCACUGGAAGAGCAGGGAGGACCGGCAUGUCAAUUACACUUAUCACAAGAAAUGAUUGGAGGGUUGCCACUGAACUGAUUAAUAUUCUGGAAAGAGCAAAUCAGAGCAUUCCAGAAGAGCUUGUUUCAAUGGCUGAGAGAUACAGAGCAAAUAAACUGAAAAGAGAAGUGGAAAAAAAAAUAGGAAGACUUCAAGGAAAGCCCCAGAAGUUUUAUUAGUAUUUUACAUUGAAGAGUGGCAUCAGCCUACUAGAGAAUAUUAAAGAAGGAACACAUCAGACUCACCGUGGUGGGCCUCUACUGUCACUAAAACCAAAGACUAAGAAAAAUUGUGGAACAGUAUCCUUUAAUAAUGAUGCAAAAAGAUUCAAAGUACUAGCAAACAAUAUCAAGUUAAAAAACAUUAUGUAUUUUGACUAAGUAGGGUCGCACAGAUUGCUCUACAUACAAAAAUUGAUGAAAUACAUCACAUUAAUAGAUUUCAGAAAAAAAACACCUGAAUUUUUUUCAAUUAUACAGAGAAAAAUUGACAAAAUUUAUAAUACUUUCAUGUUGAAAAAUAGGUCUGUGGCCAGCACUCAGGAGACUUGAGACAGGUGGAUCAUAAAUUAAAGCCCUUCUUGGGCUACAUAACAAGACCUAACCUCAACACAAACAAAAACAUAAAAGACUGAAAGGAGCUGAACACCACUUGUCUCCAUAAUAUUGGGAGUUCUAACUGGAGUAGUCAGGCAAGAGAAAGACACCAAACUUGGAACAGAAGAUCAGAGGACAUGAGCUUACAUGUAGGUAGAAAGCAGAAGAUUCCAUAAAAAUUCAUCAAGAUGAGGGAUACAGAACUCAAAUACAAAUUAGUUGCAUUUAUCGGGAGGGGAAAGGACAGGAAUAUUAAAAAGAUGAAGAUGCAGUAUGUGUAAGUACCAAUUCCCCACCAUGAAUGUAUUUUUUGCAUACACAAAUAUACUAAUAAAAAGAAAGGAAAAUAAAAAAUACAUCUCAAAAAAUUCAUUGUAUUCCUAUACACUAACAAGAAACAGUUUGACAAGAUUUUAAGAAAACAGUUAUAUUUGCAAUAUCAAAAAGAAUAAAACACUUGGCCAUGCACGGUGGUCCAUGCCUGUAAUCCCAGCACUUGGGAGGCUGAGACAGGAGGAUUGCUGCAAAUUCAAGGCCAACCAGGGAUACAAAGGGAGUUCAAGGCCAGCCUGAACUAUAUAGCUAAGCCCUGUAUAAAAAAGACAGAUAAAAAAAGAGACUAAAACAUUCUUAAAUAAGCCGGUAAUAAAGAUUUGUGUACUGAAAACUAGGAAACUUUGAGAACAAAGAUAAAAUAUAACCUUUUUCUAAAAGUUCAGAGAGUUUGCUUUAAUUCUGAGUUAAUAUUGUAUAGCAUUUCUAAAAAUUCUAAUAGAAAACUACACAGUAGUAGAAAAUAUCUAUCUGUAAACAUGUAAUAAUCCUGUAUUCCUGGUCAAGCAACUCUUUUUACAAGUAUUUUAAAGGGAAAUGCUUACAGUUACACAAGGAUUUGGAAAUAGAAUUUGUGUGUGUAUGUGGUAUUAUGCUUUGACCCCAAGUUUGCUUUAUCACUGGACUACACCAGCCUUCUUUUAAAUUUUAUUUUGAGACAGGGUUUCACUGUAUUUCAGGCUGGCCUCAAAUUUGUAAUUCUGCCCCAACUUCUUGAGUUUCUGGAAUUACAGGAAUGGGUCACUGUACCCACUUAGGAUUGAAAAUGUAAUUUUAACAAAGAUUACACAUAAGAAGGAAACACCAAACUCAGUAAAACUUUUUGAAUUAUGAACUUUGUUUCUUCAUUGCUUUCUGUAUCAGAAUUACUUGUAGAUCCCUGCCUGCUGUUAUCAUUUUGCUUGCCCAAGUCUUUCCAGGUUGUUUAAAUCAUGCAGUUAUGUAGAAUUACUCACCAUGGACCCUCUUCUAAUAUGCCUUCAGUUUGUCUGGCUUUUGGGACAAACCAUUUUUAUGGAUUGUAAGCUUACUAUUGUUUUUUAUUUUUCUUUUUUUUUUUUUUAUCUUUUGUCUUUUAGAGACAGGGUCUCACUAUGCAGUGUAGGCUGGCUUUGAGCUCACUUUGUAGCCCAGGCUGGUCUCAAACUCACAAUGAUCCUCCUGCCUCAGCCUCCCAAGUGCUGAGAUCACAGGCAUAUACCACCAUGCCUGGCUUCAAGACUUACUAUUGUUAAAAUGCCAGUACUAUCCAGAGCAAUCUAUGGGUACAGUGCAGUUUCUUUCAAAAUCCCAGUCACUUUUUUUUUACUUGCAAAAAUGGAAAAAUUUUAUCCCAGAAUUCAUAUAGAAUCUCAAAGGAUACUAAAUAUCCAAAACAGUUUUAAGAAAAGAACAUUGGUUCCCUGUUGGUGACUUCUAGAAAAAAAAAGAAAAGAACAUGGUUGCUGGGCAACCCACUUGGGACCUCUUCUGUCUUAUCUCUUAGAAAGAAGCUUUCUUUCUCUCAAUAAAUAUAUUCUGCUCUUAUAAAAAAAGAACAUGGCUGCCCAUGCAUGGUGGUAUGCCCUUGGAGUCUCAGCCUCUUUGAGUGGCUGAGGUAAGAGAAUUGACACAUUGAAGCCAUCCUGGGCAAUUUCAUGAGACUACGUCUCAAAAAGAACUGCGGUUGGAGAACUGAUACCUCCUGAUACUAAAAUAUUGUAUAAAGUGAUAGUAAUUAUACCUCUGGUGCUGGCAUAGAGAUAGGCUUAUAGACCUGUGGAAUAGAAGCCAUCUAGACAUAAGCACUUGCAUAUGAGAUCAAAUGAUUUUGACAAGGGUGCCAAAGUUACUCAGUGAGAGGAAGGCAGUCCUUUCAACAUAUGAUAUGGGAGAAACCGGCAUCCACACUGAAAAGAAUGAGGUUGGACUUUAACAUUAGCAAAAAUUAACACAAGAUGGAGAAAAGGCCUAAAUCUAAGACCCAAGACAUAAAACUCGAGAAGAAAACAUACAAGAAAAACUUGAUGUUGGACCUGGCAAUAACUUCUUAGAUAAGACACCAAAAAGCAAAAGUAGACAAAUGGACCUGUAUCAAGCAUUUCAACAUUUUUGCAUCAACUAAGAAAAUGAAAAGACUUCCAGGGGAAUGGGAGAAAUACUGCAAGUCAUGUCUGAUUAGAGGUUAAUGUCCAAAAGAUAUACAGAACUUUACAACACAACCAUAAAAGACAAAACAGCUUGAUUAAAAGAUGGGCAAAGAAUUUAAAUGCACAUUUCUCCAAUGAUGAUAAUACAAGUGACGCUAACACAUGAAAAAAUGUUCAACAUCACCGAUUGUUAGAGACCCUAAAUAAAAGCCACAGUGACAUGUCAACUCACUUUGGUUAAAGAUGGUUUAUGUCCAAAAACUAACAAAUGUUGGCAAGCACGUGAAGAAGUUGGGUCCCUGAGCCACUUUUGUGGGAUUGUAAAGACAGUGGAAUAUCAUCCAGCCUUUAAAAGGAAGAAAAUGGGGGCUGGGGAUUUAGCUCAACACAUAAGCACCUGCAAGCACGCAGUAGUGAGUUUGAUCCCUGGUACUGAAAAAGAAAAUUCUGCCACAUAAUACAUGGGUAGACCUUGAGGACUUUAUGCUGAAGAAGUAACCUAGUUACAAAAAAGGCAAAUACUGUAUGAGUCUACUUACAAGGUGCUUAAAGUAAGGAGAUUCAUAGAAACAGAACAGUGGUUAACCAAGGCUGGAGGGAUGCAAGAGAAGGGGGAUUAUUGUUAAUGGGGACACAGUUUCAAUUCUGCAAAAGGCAAAGUACAGAGUGCACAAUGAUGUGAAUAUAGUUAACACUACUGAACUGCGCACUGACAAAUGGUUAAGAUAGUAAAUUAUAUGUGCUACAUUUCAUCACAAAGUUUCAAAACAAUGUUACAUUUCUUACAAUUUCAUACAUUUUCUUCUG